CUUGCCCUUCGCCCGCCGGCUGCAGCGUGGCGCGGCCAAGGUCAGAGGCGCCGCAGGAGAAGCAGCUGCCAAGCAAAGAAGGUGGUCAUCCAGGCGCUGAAAGAAAGCCUCAGGGCGUAGUCGGCGGGUAACGUCAGACGCUGGGACAGAGGCGAUCUGAGGUCUCCGGGCAGGCCGGGUCGCGCCAGGGAGUCGCCGCGCUAGGAACUGAGGCUCCACCUUUAGUCUCUAUGGCGCUGUCCGCCGCCUCGUGGUGCUGAACCCAGCUCCUCGGCCCAGCGGCCUGCUGGUCUGCCUUCUCAACUGCCGGUCGCCCUGACUGGGGGGUGGGGUGGGGGCUAAUAAGGGUCUUUGGGCAGCUGCCCACCCACCGGAGCCCAAGGAUUAAGAACCGAGACUUAGCAAACAGCAUCCCGGCCGCUGGUCCUGAUGUGAAGAGGAGACUGCAGCCAGCGGCGGCGCUAGUGCUGAUUCAUCACCUAAAGAGCUUUGCAGGCCACCCGGAGGGCAACAGACCGACUCCAGACUCUGGUCGCAGGGUGAAGUCGCGGGUGCAGGAACCUUGCGGAUAGAAGGUGAGGACCCCCUCCCUUCUCUUACCUCAAAUUGUCUAAGGGCGGUGGCUCCAGAACAGAGAGGGGCGUGCCCCUGGGUUGUGAAGUAGUCAUGCCCGUGUGAUGCCCCCGCCUUCCAUCUCACCGGAGCUACCCACUCUUAUUCACUGCCUGUUUCCGAACCUUGAGCCAUUCCACGCUCUUCUCUGAAUACCGUGCCACGAUGGAAGAGGAACUGAAGUGCCCCGUGUGUGGCUCCCUGUUUCGGGAACCCAUCAUCUUGCCCUGUUCCCACAACGUCUGCCUGCCUUGCGCGCGUACCAUCGCAGUGCAGACUCCGGACGGUGAGCAGCACCUGCCCCAGCCGCUCCUGCACUCCCGGGGCUCAGGGCUGCCCGCAGGCACCGCCGCCGCGCCCUCCCUGGACCACGACGCAGCAGCUGGCCCAGCCUGCAGCGGCGGGAGCGGGACCACAGCUGGCGGCCUGGGCAGUAGUGCGGGAGGUGGCGGGGACCACGCGGACAAGCUGAGCUUAUACAGCGAGACAGACAGCGGCUAUGGCUCUUACACCCCCAGUCUCAAGUCCCCCAAUGGGGUUCGCGUGUUGCCCAUGGUGCCUGCACCGCCAGGCUCCUCGGCCGCGGCGGCUCGGGGUGCAGCUUGCUCCUCGCUGUCGUCGUCCUCCUCAAGUUCCAUCACUUGCCCACAGUGCCACCGUAGCGCCUCCCUGGACCACCGCGGCCUGCGAGGAUUCCAGCGUAACCGCUUGCUAGAGGCAAUCGUGCAGCGGUACCAGCAGGGCCGCGGGGCCAUGCACGGGGCGACCCCAGCCGUGGCGGUGGCCAUCUGCCAGUUGUGUGACCGCACUCCUCCCGAACCAGCUGCUACACUCUGCGAGCAGUGCGACGUGCUCUAUUGCGCUUCCUGUCAGCUCAAAUGCCAUCCAUCUAGGGGACCCUUUGCUAAGCAUCGCUUAGUGCAACCGCCGCCGCCUCCCGCUCCUGCCGAGGCCGCCUCAGCGUCCCCAGGCGCGGCCCAGGGCGCCCCCAGCGGAGGAGGCGGCUGCAAGAGCCCGGGGAGCGCUGGGGCAGGGGCCGGAGCAGCUGGGGGCGGCACCGCACGCAAGUUCCCUACUUGCCCGGAACAUGAAAUGGAGAACUACAGCAUGUACUGCGUGAGCUGCAGAACGCCGGUGUGUUACCAGUGCCUGGAGGAAGGCCGGCACGGCAAGCACGAGGUGAAGCCUCUGGGGGCCAUGUGGAAACAGCACAAGGCCCAACUGUCUCAGGCUUUAAAUGGCGUUUCUGAUAAGGCAAAAGAAGCGAAGGAGUUUCUGGUUCAACUGAAAAACAUUCUGCAACAGAUACAGGAAAAUGGACUGGACUAUGAAGCCUGCCUGGUUGCUCAGUGUGACGCACUGGUUGAUGCUUUAACUAGGCAGAAAGCCAAGCUACUCACCAAGGUUACUAAAGAAAGGGAACACAAGCUGAAGAUGGUGUGGGACCAGAUCAAUCACUGCACAUUGAAGCUGCGCCAGUCAACGGGACUGAUGGAGUACUGCCUGGAGGUGAUCAAGGAGAACGACCCCUCCGGGUUUCUGCAGAUCUCAGAUGCUCUGAUCAAGCGUGUCCAAGUGUCUCAGGAGCAGUGGGUCAAAGGUGCCCUGGAGCCAAAAGUGUCUGCGGAAUUUGACCUGACUUUGGACAGCGAGCCGCUGCUGCAGGCCAUCCACCAGCUGGACUUCAUUCAGAUGAAAUGUAGGGUGCCGCCGGUCCCGCUCCUGCAGCUGGAGAAGUGCUGCACGCGCAACAACAGUGUCACGCUGGCCUGGAGGAUGCCGCCCUUCACCCACAGCCCCGUGGACGGCUACAUCCUGGAGCUGGACGACGGCGAUGGGGGGCAGUUCCGGGAAGUGUAUGUGGGCAAGGAGACACUGUGCACCAUCGACGGGCUUCACUUCAACAGCACCUACAAUGCCAGAGUCAAGGCUUUCAACUCAUCCGGCGUUGGGCCUUACAGUAAAACUGUGGUCCUGCAGACUUCCGAUGUGGCCUGGUUCACAUUUGACCCUAACUCUGGGCACCGGGACAUCAUUUUAUCCAAUGACAACCAGACAGCCACGUGCAGCAGCUACGAUGACCGGGUGGUGCUGGGCACAGCCGCAUUCUCCAAGGGCGUGCACUACUGGGAGCUGCACGUGGACCGAUACGACAACCACCCAGACCCCGCCUUCGGAGUGGCCAGGGCCAGUGUGGUCAAGGACAUGAUGCUGGGCAAGGACGACAAGGCCUGGGCCAUGUACGUGGACAACAACCGCAGCUGGUUCAUGCACUGCAACUCCCACACCAACAGGACAGAAGGCGGUGUGUGCAAGGGGGCGACCGUCGGCGUGCUGCUGGACCUGAAUAAGCACACUCUGACCUUCUUCAUCAAUGGGCAGCAACAGGGCCCCACAGCCUUCAGCCAUGUGGAUGGAGUCUUCAUGCCAGCACUCAGCCUCAACCGCAAUGUGCAGGUCACCCUGCACACAGGGCUGGAAGUUCCGACAAACCUGGGGCGGUCAAAGCUGUCAGGCAACUAGCCUCCCAGCUCAGCUCUGCUCUGGCUCUUCUGGGGACAGCCCGCAUCCCUCACUACGUUGACAUGACGAGGGCAGGACGACCUGGUCACGGGUGCAACCCAGCAGCCACUGAGUAUCUUAAGGACAUGUUUUCUUUGAGGGACACAGAAUGGGUCUGCAGGCCAGGUUUGUUGAGGCCACCCUUGAUGGUGACCGUGCGUUUCAUCUUUGUUCCACCUGGAUGUUACAAAUACAAAGAGGAAAUUUCUCAAGGGAAUGAGGAAGUAUUCAGGGCUUAUGGUCAUGUUUCUUGCCAUCUGGUCUCACAGCCUGUCUUUGAGGCCAUGGGGAAGGGAGUGGGAGGGGAAAGCAGACUUCCAGAAUGGCAUACUGAGAACAAGAGUCUGGGAGACACUUUGGAAUCACAGACCCCUGGUGUCGACCCUCUGUGGGCAUGGUACUCCUUCACAGCCCCAAGCCUACAGGUUCCCAUCUCUGGCAGGAAAAGUUAUUUGAGUUUUGGUCCUGGAGUCUUCAGUAGGUUACACUACUCACAGACCCAAUCCAGAUGGGACAUUAAUCAUUACUCUUGUUCUUUGCCUCUCUUUGAACUGUUGAGAAUCUUUUUAAAUGGCUUCCGUAGGUUCUUCAUUAAUCAAUCUCUCUUUCUCUCUCUCUGUCUCUUUUUCUCUUUCUCUCUCCACAUAGACAAUAACUAAAAUUCUUUCACUCCAUUCUUCAUUCUUAGACACAUACAAACCACUGGAGUUUGAAUGACUGUGUGAUGCAUCUCCCUUUAGUUGGUAGCACUUUCUGGAACUGGCUCCCAAGAAAUUAACUGCAAAGCUGUCUCAUUUCCUCUCAGAUGGGAGCCCUGGGGAAGCCUCUUAGAGAGGCUUUACCUUUACUUUACCUUUACUUUAGAUCGACUCCACCAUAGUCAGGAAAGCAAGAAGUACCCCCAGGGCAGGGCAGUUCUGUGGUGGCAGGGUGGACAGGACCUCUGAAGAGGGCAGGAAUUAGAUAGCAAUAUUGUGUUCCUAGUCCCUCAGCUUCCCAGCGUGAGCCCAGCGGGGGCUGUGUCCCAUUGACCAAGGAGGAAGUGAGUCCUCUCCUUGCUGGGAACCCGAACAGGCUCCCUUGAGAUCCAUGUUGAGUCAUUUCCAUCUCUUGGAAGGAUCUCGCUUUGCUCCAAAGUCUCGCCUGGAGCUCUCACGGUCCCUAGAGCACCUCACCCCUACCUGUACCCCCGGCCCCUCCACCCACUCUCUUCUUCCUCAUCAGCUGCCACCUCCAUCUCCAUCUGGUCAAAGAUCUUUCUCCUUUUUAAGAGAAUAUAUUUUAUCAAGCAUUUUAUUUUUGAGGUUGAGGAGUAACUUGUCUAUUUGCUGGAUUGGAUUUUUAUAAAACUUAGCCCGUAAACCGGCACCAACUGUGUUAACUUGGUUUCUAACCUGCUUUCCGAGCCAUCCAGCCCCUACCCUCAUUCAGCAGAUUCGACAAUCCUACCUCAAAGUCCGAGCACUUAGCCCACCAGACUCUUUCAGGCACCUUCAGGAGUCACUUGGUGCUGUAUUUAAGCCUCAGUCACUGCCUCGGGGGCCCUGGAAACUAUCACCUGCUUACAGGGGAGUGGAAGUCUUCCCUGUUGGUCCUUGACACAGCAAGUAGUUUCCAGGGUCCCUGGGGGCAGGCUUCAUCCUAUCCUGGAGGUGCGACCAGGGAUUGUGCACAACCUGGCAGCCAUGUCCUUCUCUGUGCAGCUUGCUCUUCUCGGCUUUUACUUCUCUCAGCUCCUUAGCCAUAGCUCUGGGUGGGCUCUGCUGGGAGUGUGGGGAAGAUUCCUGAAGAUGGAUCUUGGGCUUUCCAGACACAUCUACUUUGGGAAAUGUCGUGUCAUCUUUUGGAAAAAGUAAGGCCAGUGUGCUGAAAGUAAAAGUGCUGUUGGAAAGGCAGCUAGGAAGGGCGGCCUGGCUGGGUGGCUUUGUACACGGAGACUGGAUGAAAGGCUGGGAAACUGGACUUGGCUGACACUCUCAGGAGAGCUACCACCUAGGUCAGGGAGGUGUGGGAAAGGGAGAGAGGAAAUUCCCACAAUUACAGGUGGCCUCUUUAGGAAGAAAACUACCUGAAAUUCAGAGAGAAACCACCAGGACUCCCUCCCCCACCUGCAGCAGUCAAGGAAGCCCUGUGAGUUUGGGGACCAGGUGAGACCCUUUUUCUAACUCCCUAGGAGGCCCAAAAGCAAUAUGGCUGAUACCAGGGAUCAUAGCACCCAGCCCUUCUACAGCCACUCUCCUGUCUCCAGCACAAAACAUUGUCAGGGAUUUAAAGCAGAAGGCAACACACUUCUGUUUUUGAGGGAUCAGCAAUGAAGAGGGAACUCAUCAACUCCUAUGGUCUUAUGUCACCCUCCAGAAGCCCCCUGGAUUUGGAGAAACCACAGGUCAUGGGAUGCUCACUUGCCAACCAAUUCUGUUACAAGAUGGUGACACUUUUGUACACAAAAAUUUUAUCAAGAUGAUUGAUGCUUUGGGGGCUCUGGCUGAGGAAUGAGUAACUUGGUGUCCAUCUAUCAAGCAGUUUCAGUGAGAAAAGAAUUCAAGGUGAUUUAAAAGUCAAGUUCCAUUGCAUUGUAAAUAAUGCCUCUGUGACGUGGUUCUAUGGUUUGUUCUUUGCUAGUGGGCCAGUUUGGUCAAAGUGUAUGCCUUUCCUUUUCAUAUGAACCUCUUGAAAAAAUAUCAAACAGCAUCUUACGGUAUAUCCUUGUUCCUAAUUCAAAGCAACCUAAGGUAUUUAUUUACGCAUAGCUCUGCUUCCUCUGCUCUGUCCUAUUUGGGAAAAUACUGAUUCUAGUUGAAGUGACCAUCAGUAAUACCCACAAAGUAACUGAGCUAAAAACUAUGAAACUGUGCACAGUGCUAGGCUGACUCUUCAGUUCUGUGUUCUGUGUACUUGCAACAGUGCCCUCAGCCACCCAGGGCCCACCAAGGUUGGUUGAGGACCUCACUUUCCACAGUGAGUCUGGGCAAAACUGGCAUUCACCAAGAGCAAGGGGAACGGGGCCUUCCCUCCUGUUCUUGGUGCCUGGAAUGCCCCAGCCUUAUGGAGCCCUGCCCUCUGCCUCCCAGAGCACUCUCAGGAUCAGAACGCAAGGCUCCAUGUGUACUUCUAGGGACACUUGCAUUUAAGCCUUAAAUCUAAUUGUUAGUGAAAGGCUCGGUCCCCUGUGAAGGUGUUUCAGCACAAGUGAGCAGGCAGCUCACAGCUAAAGCUGCUGCUGGCCCCAUGCUACUGCUGGCUGUGAGGUAGAGCCAGGAUAAAGUCCUUGGCAGGGAACUCAACAAUGAAGAGGCCACAGAGGAUGCCAGUAUUUCUCGACCUCAGUGUUAUUUUCAUUUGGUGGUGGGCAAUCCUCUGUUGUGGGAUGUUUAGCAGCAUCCCUCCCCUCCACCCCUAGAUGCCUGCAGCCAUCCCCAAGUUCAUCAUUACAAGGAUAAGUUUCUGCAGGCAUUGCCCAAUGUCCCCUGGGGACAUCCUGCCUGAGCAAGAACCAUUAUAAAUGGGCUACAUCAGUGGUUUGUCAGGUGUCGACACACAGUGAUGCUUGGGGCAUUCACUCCAGGGUACUACAGCUGCAGGCCUUCAUCUUAAACCCCAAACCAGAACUGUCCCUAAGUCUAGUGUCAGGAAAUGUGGGGGGAAUGGAGUGAGCCACGAACAGCAGCCAGACUAUGGAGGCUCACUCUGUAUUGACAAUGAUACCCUGGAAAGCAUCCCCCCAGCCCCACCUCAUUCUUAGGAAGCAAAAUUCCUAGCCUUCGUUUUUCUUGGCCACUUUUGACCAAAUGUACUUUUGACCAGAUAUGUAGCCUUUAACUGUUUAAAAAAUCAAUUCUGAUAUCAUUAGAAGAUACUUAAGCUCAAAAAAAUAAUAAAGAUGGUCAAGCAUUAUGCUGAUCCUGGGAAAUCACAAAGUUUUAUUUUUUUGCAAGUAAACCAGUAACUUUUCACUGAUAUGCUCCUUGGCAGUUCCUUCCUAAAAAGGAUCCUGGCAACUUAUAAGUGGAUAGUAAUAUAAUGGGCAUGUUUGGAACAGGAUAUAUCGAGCAGGCCCCAGAACUUGUUUCUUAUAAACUGGCUUUGAUCUUGGUUUAUGGUAUAAGUGGGGGCAAAGCUCUUAAAUAAAAUAAAAUGUUCCUGUGCCUCAGUAUCCCCACCUGAAAACAGAACUAGUCAUACUAACCUACCUCCUCUGACAUAAUGUGAGGAUUUUAGAAUAACACCUUAAAUUUAACAAGUGUAGUCUUGCAUCUAUGGAGCCACAGUCAGUGAAUCAGGCCUGUGUGGUGACUUUCGAGUGUUCUCUGACAGUGUCUUCCAUCCAAGUGUCUUAUGACAGACGCAAGUAUUUUUGCAUAGCUGCCUGGCCUUGAAGGAAUAAAACUGACGUUUGACAGAGGCUCAUCUGGCCGUGGAAGAAAACACUCCAAAUGUGCCCAUCCCCGCUAAGCCUGUGUAAGGUACUCUUAUAAAGUCUGUGAACAGGCUUUGUGUCAGCAUCUCAUAUCUCAAAGGCAUCUGCACACGCAAGUCUCCUUGAAACACCAAAAGAGGUUAACCAGCCUUCCUGGGUCCCUGGUUACCUUCAGUUCUGGUAUCUUAAGGGGAUCCCCCAACCUGUCAUGUGUCCUUCAUUUCCAAAGAUUUUGGCAGAGGGAGUAAUUUUGAAAAUCGGUGUCAGAGUACAAUGAGAUACAACUGAACAGCAGUCUAGAAGGCCGGUUAUGCUACAAGGCGAAGGGGCUGCUGGUUGUCACAUGGCUGGGCUGUCUGUCUGUCAAGAGGGAUUCCCGGCUCUUUCAAUGACUGACUUCAAUCAAGAGUGGGGGUGGAGGCUUACAGGAAAGUCUCAUCUGAAGGUGUCACUCUUCUAUCAAAGGGCUGUGCCUGCUGAGGACACAGGCAGCCUCGCCCAGCCCUGGGAAGAUCCAGGGCAUGUGACACAGGCACCAUUUACUAGCCAGGCCCUGGGUGGGGUGGGGGGGGGGGGUUGAGGUUUGGAAAAGUGGCUGCGAGCAGCUGUGGGAGCAGGAACAUGGCUUCCAGAGUGACAGUCCUGCCAGAGACGGCCUUUCCAGCUCCUCCCAUAUCUGGUGACUGCAAAACCUAAGACCCAGACUCAGCGCCAAGAGGAAGCUGAGAGUAAGCAAAGUGGAAAAUGUUAAAUGCAUGAUGUAGAAUUGCUGCUUUCACACUAUUGUAUUAAGCAUGAGAGAUGUUUGUUUAACGUUGGCAAAGGAAUUCUAGAAGUACAAAAAGCGUUGUGUCCUUGUUUUGGCUGUCUGCACAAGUUCAUUUUUCCUGCCUUUCUUUACCCAUUUUCUCCCUUCACCGCCCCUCCCCCAUCACAUCCACUUUCUGUCACUAGUUGUUAGUAUUUGGUGGCAGCUCUUGGUCCCGCUGGUGUUCACGUUCCACUGGGAACACGGUGGGGGGUAGUAAAGGGGAAGGAAAGCAACUUUUUUCUAAUUUUUGUAUUGGUAUCCACAAGCGUUUGUAUUUUUUGAAUUGCAAACACUGUUUUCUGGUCUUUUGGGGGUUGGUUGAACUUUGUGUAUUGCCUUUUGGAAAACCUAAGUUUUACCACAGUCUUAAGCAGAUUUGAAAUAAAUUCUUUUCAC